ACCGCCAUGGCGCAUGCGUAGUAUAGAUCUGUCAGGACCGGACUGACUGCUCGAGUUGUUGUUACUAUUUAAUUGCACUCGUCAGACAUUCAAGGUUUCAACAGCAAGUUAAGGCUUGCGGGGACUGUAACAUCUUCGUAGUUGCAAUACGUAUGUGAACAUGAGCACGCCUUGAAAGUAACUCUGGACUGUACAAGCCGUCGCUCCUUCAUCAUCCCUCAUGUGCAUACUCUUUUUCAAGUUUGACCCGCGGCCAGCAUCCAAAAAUGCCUACAGGCUGAUUUUGGCUGCAAACAGAGAUGAGUACUACAGCAGGCCGACCAAGGCGGCAGACUACUGGGCGUCCAACGGCGAUAUCCUCAGUGGCCUAGACCUUGAAAAUGGCAAGGAAGGUGGAACAUGGCUGGGAGUCACCAAGACGGGCAGGCUGGCCACCAUCACAAACUACCUGGAACCAAAGCUCAACCCUGACGCCAAAGGAAGAGGCUUCCUGGUGGCCAACUACUUAAUAGACAGAGACCUGGACAGCUUCUCCUACUUGAAAAAGUUGUCGACAGAAGGUCACCUGUACAACGGCUUCAACCUGCUCACUGCCGAAUUCAAUGCCAAAGAAGACAUUGUGUGUUACUAUGGAAACAGAGGGAGCACCCAGCCGAUCCGUCUGAAAUCAGGCAUCUAUGGCUUGAGCAACUCUCUGUUGGAGACACCGUGGAGGAAACUGGAUCACGGCAAGUGCCUGUUCACCAGCGUGGUGGAGCAACAGCUGUCCGGGGACAGACUGGUGCAGGACCUCAUCACUGUCCUCAACAACCAGGAGCUGACCACAGACCCAGCCAUACAGAGACAGGGUCAGGGCUUCGAUAAUGGGAUACUGCCGGCCCUCUCAUCGGUGUGUGUUCGCACUCCUCAUUACGGCACAAGGACCAACACGGUGGUCCUGAUAGACACUGCAGGGGCCGUGACCUUCGUGGAACGCACCAUGCUCAACUGCGACACCAGCCAGUGGAGCAACCAGAGCUUCCAGUUCCAGCUGCAGGCGUGACCACCGCGCCGCGCGGUCAGACGCUCCCUCGCCACCCGCCAGACUCUGCCUUACAGCAUUGCCUCUCCCCACCACCACCACCACUUCCUCCAUAGUCCCACUGUUUCUGCCGCUACGUGACCCGGGAAUGCUUCAGGGGUAUUUUUUGUUUGGAUUUUUAAAAGCUGUGAAAGAAUUACUUUGCUUAUUGUUGCACUAUUAAUAUGGGUUUUGAUUUUGGACUUGUUGAAUGAUGGUGCUUGGAAUAGAGUAAUGUUGUUGGGAUAAGGAAGGGGGGAGGCUGUUGAUUGGUUGAUUUGAUCAUUGAUUAUUUCUGUGGAUUGAAACAUUGCCAAAGAUGUAGGGAAAUGUAAUUUUUGUCCAUAUGGGCAAAAUAUAAUUGUUGGUGUUUUUAUGUUGACAAUGUUAUCCAAUGCAGAUGUGUUAUGCUUUCAGAUCGUCAUUGGUCAACUAGACCACCUCAUGUGACAAUGUCAUGAUUCUUUCAUGACUGCUUUACUCUUCAAUUAUGUUAAACAUUGUCUUCUUGCAACUAGACCAUACCUCGGUUUUUAUUACUCUAUGAUUUAAUCUCUAAACAAUGCACACAUAAAAGAACACAAUGAAAAACAUUGUCUCAAUAAUCCCAUGAUUUUAUUUAUGGAUUUGAAUUACCAACAGGUAGCAGGAUUCAUGCCAAACGUAAUUUGUUAAACUUUACUUCUUUGCCUGGCACAGCACUAGGAUAGCAUAUUAGCAGCUAAUAUUCUAUCUACACACAUUGCAAUACCUUUCAGGCUACAAUUGCAUUGCAUCCUUAUUUAAGGGUAAUUCAUUUGAGUCUGCAUGCUACUUUUAUUAAUUACUGUUUUACCAGUACUGUUGAUUGUAGCUGCUUUUGGUAUAAUGCAAUAAUGUUUCACCAGUGGAGCCUAUUUGUAAAAAUAAAAUGUAUCAAAUUGAA